AACUCCCAUGAACCAUCACAGAAACUCGAACACACCCUCAUGAUAUAACCCUCUGUCUUUAUAUAUCCAACCAGCUUGUUCACAUUAUAAUGAAAAGACAAGGACAACAUGUUCAACCUCAAAGGUUGUCGUUCUAAGAAACACCCUAAACAUAUUCAAUCACGCGGUGUAUGUUCUAUUUGUUUGAAAGAUAAGCUUGAUCAAUUAUCCACAUCUUCUAGUUAUAGCUCUCAAAAAACAACCUCAUCCUGUUGUUCUUCUUCUACUUCUUCUUUGUCCUCUUAUUAUUCUUCCUCUUCAGCUUCUUCUUGUUCUUCUCCAAUGCAUGAUUGUUCUUUCUCUACCGAGGGAAAGACUUCUUCCAUCUUUUUGUUUCACAAACAAGGCGGACUCGUGAAGAGCAAAUCAAUGGUUGUUGUUCCAAGAAGAAGAAAAGGAGAUAACGAAAGCAAUGAUCGUCAUAGUAAAAAAAAUGGGUUUUGGUUCAAGUUGUUUCAUCCUAAUAAGAGCAAGAAAAUGAUGGAGAAUAUGGGCAUUUUUAAGGUGGUUCGUACAAGUUCUGUAAGACAAACUGUGACUGUAGCUAGCUAACACAUAGUGAUAUAUAUAUGAUCGAUCAACAUUAAUUGAUUACUCUUCUUUGGUUCAUUAGUGAUUCUUUCAUUCAUAGUUCAUCUUUCCAAUUAUGUGUAAUUUUCACAAAUUAAAUCAGAAAGAAAAUAAUAGAGAUAAUAUUCUUGAA